GGGACAGAAGUCAUUAGGGACAUUACAUUUCUUGAACUAGUACCAAUCGCCAUGGCAUUUAGUAUUUGGGGUACAAAACUAGCUGGCAAGAGAGUUAUUCUUCAUACAGACAACCAAGCCCUGGUAUCAAUUCUCAAUACUCAAACAUCCAAGUCUAGUAGAGUCAUGCACUUGUUAAGGAAGUUAGUUUUGCAAGGGUUAGUGUACAAUAUCCAGUUCAAGGCAACACAUAUAAUGGGUCUCGAUAAUACUAAAGCUGAUGCUCUUUCUCGACAGCAAUGGUCGCGUUUCCAGGCCAGCUUCCCAGACUCAGAGGAAGAGCCAUCAGUAAUUCCCCAGUCCUUUCUUCAAGUCAUCUCCAACUUAGAUCUCAAGAGCUCUUGAGAUACUCCAUGUCUGACAAUACAAAGAAAUUGUAUGACACUGCAAUCAAUGCUUUCAACUCCUUUCGUAGGGCUUAUUAUCAAGUAGAAGAGUGGCCUCCCCAUCCCAAUCAGUUGGUUGAUUUUGUCGCAUACUUGUCUUAUAAGCAGUUUUCACCUAAUACAGUUAAAUCAUACAUAUCAGGGAUAUCAUACUUCUGCAAGAUCCGCAGCCUGCCUGACCCAACACAGGGGUUUGUACUUAAAAAAGUCUUGGUUGGGCUUAGUCGUAGGAAUGGGCGGGUUGACGACCGAAAACCACUUUCAUUCGAAAUCCUAUCCAGCAUCAUCCAUUUAAUGCCUACAAUAUGUAAAUCAACCUAUGAAUCAACUCUGUUCUCAGUCAUAUUCUCCACAGCAUUUUUCGGGUACUUUAGAAUGGGGGAGCUGGUACAUAACUCGUUGCAAGACCCAGGUCAUGCCAUUCAAUAUGGGGAUGUAACCUAUCUCGCACACAACAAUACUGUUCACAUUCUUCUUAGACAUUCAAAAACUGACCAGGAAGGAAAAGGUUCAAGUAUAUCGCUAACCCCCACACUACUGCCAAUAUGUCCUGUACGCAUAGUUCAAUCAUUCAUGCAGGCAAGACCCACCAACCCGGGGGCAUUUUUUUGCCACCUUUCAGGAAGACCAGUCACUAGGUACCAAGUUGCAUCAGUAUUUAAUUUAGCACUCAAAAAAUUGGGGUUAGACAACCAAUCAUACAAACCUCAUUCGUUCCGCAUUGGGGCAGCGUCCGCUGCUUGGGUCUCGGGUACCAGCGCACAUGAUAUUGCUAGCAAGGGGAGAUGGAAGUCCCGUUGUAUGUACAGGUACAUAAGAAAUUAGGGCUAAUGUCACCCAACACAAUUAGUAUUUUAAAUUUUGUUUAAUAACCAUUUUUUAGGUCCUAGAAC